AUGUCUCGUAGUGGACGCCCUGUGCCCCCUAUCGAAACGCUAGUCUACUCUGUCCUCCCAGGAUUGAGCAAGCUACCCGACAGUGCAAGACAGGAGCGAGUGGACGAGGUCGUCGAGUUCUGCGAGGAGAUCCUCCAAAGUCGCCUGCCAUCGUCUCUUCCUCUCGGCGCUUCCGCAUUGCCUGACACUGCGCGGCGCCUGCUAUCAUCGUCUGAUGACGCCCUCCGCUUCAACUCCCUUUGGGGUACCCUGGAACGUGGUCGAACACUCUCCGUGCCCCAUAAACACCUCCAGUUUCUUGUCGCCUUGUCAAAGGGCAACGAUACGCGAGACUCGUCCGCCUUCCCCCCUACAGCCUCUACGUCGCGCCCCCGCGGUGGCGGUGGCCUCGGGACCCCUUCGCGUCCCGGUCCAUCGACAGCAUCGAUCCUUGCAGAGGGUAACGGCCCGUCCAACCUCUCCUCAAAGUUGAAGAGCAUCGACAUUGGUUCGCCUCCCGACAGCCCCACGAGCGGACCAGGCGCCAAGAGCAAGGCUGCCCUCCUCCGUGAAUGGCGCACGGCACGCGGGCGGGCACCGUUCCCCGAAUCUCUGCUCCUGCGUGACACGCUCUACCUUUUGCAAGGCAUUGAUGGACGGUUUGUCCGCUUUGCUCUGGCCCCGGCACCCGAACGUAAUCCCUACCUCACCGAAAAGGGCCGGGCGGGAGAUGGUGCUGGCUUCCCGCUGGGCGCAGCCGGCACCGAGUUGCCACCCGCCGGUGUGGAAGACGAGGUGAUGGGCAUUGACAUUGUCGCAGAUGAGGCGAAGGAUGGCUACAUUUCGUUGCCAACUCGCAGCGUGCUCGUGCAACUGUCCGAGAUGGGUGUGCUUUACCGCAGGAUCACUGGUUUCAUCAAGGCUCACCAGGCUGAUGGCCCAAGCGCCAAGAGCGGUAUGGUUGUUCAGAGCUUGUGCCACUUUCUUCACCACGAGCUGUCCGAGUACCACCGUAUGCUGGCCGUCCUCGAGUCACAAAUGUCUCUCACCAACGUCGAGUCGGCCGCUCCUGCCGAGGGCUCUGGGUUGACGCUGCUCCGACUGGGCCUCUGGACCGAGGACAUGAAGCUCAAACUUCGCCUGAUGGAGAUGGUCGUGGAUGACGCAACUAAAGCCCAUGGCGGGGCUCUUGUUUCGAAGAUCCACACGCGCACCAAACACGGCGACCCCUUUGCGAGGCACUUUAUGGACCAAAUCCUUGAGGAGGUGUCCAAGCCCUUCUUCCUUGCUCUCCAGCGCUGGAUCUUGUCCGGAGAGUUGCACGACCCGUUCAACGAAUUCUUUGUCCAGCUCAACACCGAGGUGGACAGCGACCAGCCUUCGCCAUAUGGCGCUUCAGGUGACGCCGGUUUCGAGGAGGGCUUCGACAUUGGAGGUAACGUCAGCGACUCGCACCACAUAUGGGAGAAGAAGUAUGUCUUUGUCAAGGCCAUGGUCCCAGGGUUCAUCAGCGAAGACUUUGCAAAGAAGAUCUUCUCAACAGGUCGCAGUUUGAACUUUAUCAGAUACAACUGCUAUGACAAUGACUGGGUCGCAACGCAGGCGAGUCUCGCCAACAGUGGAGCACUAAAGUACUCUGACCUGACCGGUCUGGAGCGCUCCAUCGACGACGCCUACUCGUCUGCAAGCAAACGUCUGCUCGAGAUCUUCUUUGAAAAAUACAAGCUUCUCGACCAUUUACGGGCCCUCAAGGCGUACCUCAUGCUUGGCGCAGGCGACUUUGCGGAACUGUUGAUGGAGGCCCUAGCACCAAGACUGUCAAAACCUGCCAUUAGCUUGUACCGCCACCACCUGACAUCCGACCUCGAGUCGGCGAUCCGAGGUUCGAAUGCCCAGUUUGACUCUCCUGACGUGCUUCGCCGCCUCGAUGCUCGCAUCCUCGAGUACCAGCACGGAGAGCUCGGAUGGGACUGCUUUGCCCUCGAAUACAAGGUCGAGGCACCGCUCAACGCUGUUCUCGAUGCCGGCGCCAUGGACGCCUACGAUCGCCUCUUUCACCAUUUGUGGCGACUGAAGCGUGUGGAGACGGCUCUUACGCAGGGAUGGAUGCGAGUGACAAGCGCAUCAAGGGCAUUCGAGUCCUUGCCCAGCCUCGACAACGAUUGGCAUCACUGCCGCAUCGUACAGGCGGAGAUGGUCCAUUUUCUGCGCCAGUUGCAGGCUUUCUGCCAGCUCGAGGUCAUCGAGUGCUCGUGGCAGUCACUCAUGGAGUACACGGAUAAGCGCGAGGGCGACCUCGACUCGCUCAUUGCCGCUCAUCGGAUGUACCUCGACCGUGUCGUGCGGAAGAUUCUUCUCCUUGGCCACCGAGGACGCGACGAUGCGCUUCUCCUCCUUGUGCGCGAGGGGCUCGAUAAUAUCCUCAAGUUCCGCAACGCGACCGAGGACCUGUACGCUUGGAGUCUGGGCGAGGCGACGCGGUUGGACCGUGCACGCGAUGCCGAGCGUGGGAUUGCCAAUGACGAGUCGACUGCCGAGGCCGAGACCGCAGCCAUCGCGGCCUCUCUCGCGCAGCUCGAUGGUAUUCGCGAGCGUAUCCGCGUCUGCGCCACGGGGUUCCAGGAUUCUGUCACCACCAUGUGCAAGGAGGCAGGUGGACACGCCGACCUUGACGUACGCUUCCUGGCGAUCCGUAUCGCGUUCAACGGGCACUAUGCGCUGCGCAGGGGCGCGUCAAAGAAGAAGUAA